AUGUCUGUGCAGCCCAGCAGUCACUCAGCCUCACUGGAACAGACCCACAGUGCUGAAACAAUCACUGGAUCAAAGAUGCCUUCUCCAGAUACAGAGUCAACAUCUAGAAGUCCCUCUUCCAGACCUGGAACGGAAGCCCAGCUUGGGCUGUCAGAAAACACGGAAGAGGAUGAAGCAAACCAAAUGACAAAUCCAUUUACAAUUCCUCCAGACAUUGAUAUUUUCUCAGUAAGGGACAAGGAAAGACAAAAGGCUAAGGAGGAACGCGAAAGGAUGAAGACCAUGAAAAUCCAUGAGAAAAUGACUUAUUCCGCUAAAAUAAAAGCAAAGCCAAAAGAUGUCCGGAAAGCUCUGCAAAAGGAGGAAGAAGAGGCGGCCAGAAAACAAGCAACAGAUGAAGAGAGACUAAAAACUCUUCAGGAGACCCUUUCACGGAAGAUGGUUCUUGGAAAAGAUUACCCAUUAGAAAAGCAGACCUUCUGUGACUACAUAAAUGAAAGGAGAGAGACAUUUUUACUUGAGUAUGCCAUGGCAGUGAAGAGAGAUGAGAUUCAAAGGAUGGAGAACAUAGUCAAGGAUGAGGAAAGAAAACUGGAGGAGGCUGAAUACUACUUGAAGAAGGAUGCUGCCGUGUAUGAGGAGUUCACAAAGGAGAGUCAUGCAAACUACAUUCAAGCUCUGAAAAUUGCCACAAAAGAAACUGCAGAAAAGACAAAGAAAAUAUCAGAGUUCCAGGCAAUUACAUCCCAAAUUGAGGGCCUCCAAAGUGAUAUAUCCAGAUUCAAGAACACUCUGCGGGAGUACAAGGGGUACAGGGACUUCCUCUAUCAGCUGUCUCCGAAAGAGUGGCAGGAGGAAUAUGACCAAAAGCACGCAAAGAAAAAGGGUUUGAAAAAAGCAUCCAAAGCUAACGAAGAAAGCACCUCGCCUCCCGCCGCCAUGGAUCCUGGUACCGGCUGUAUAGAUGGGCCAAGUUCUCUGCUGUCUGUAAAAAGUCUGCAGUUCGGGCCGUUGCAGGAGAUCAGGCCAUAUCUCACAAACUUCCUGAAGCCUCUAGCGACAAGGAAACUAAGUUCAUUGGAGGAUGCAGAAAGCGAAACCUCCUCGGAUGAAGAUGAGGAACCCAAGUUGUAUUUUACUGAUUUCCAACAACUACAGUCUAGUUUCACGGGGCUGGAGGAAGAGAUCUUGUCCUUAUUCCAGAAUUCCCAGGAGACUGAGAAAAGUUUGGACAGAGUCCAACACGAUUUCAUCACCACAUAUGAAAGCACAGAGAAGCAGUCAGCAGAGCUGAAACAGCAGGUCGACACCCUCAAAUCCUCCGUCACCAAAGAAGAAGAGAGAGCAGCAGAUCUGAAGCUCAAAGCUGACCUCUUUUCCUCUGGAGAAGGCGAAGCUGAUGACCAGGACAAGAUGCUCACAAGCCUGCACAAGAAGGUGCUGGAAGUCUAUUGCCAGUGCGCUGGAGAAAAUGAGACAAACCUGGAGACGGAGGAGAUGCUCAUGGUGAUAGAAAAAUACUUCUAUGAUUUACUGGACAACCUGGAGAGAAUCCCACCAGCAGAGAUAGCACAGGCUAAGAAAGCCAAAGAAAAGGAACGGAGGAUGAGGCUCAGAGAGGAAAAGCUCAGACAGCAGAAGCAGCAGCAGGAGGAAAGAUUGCAACGGGCCCUGGAAAGAUCUCAGGCACCUACAAAAAAACCGGUGGGCAGGCGGCCGAUGUUCCGUUCCGUCCUACCUCCCAGGAAGGAGAAGAAAAAGCACAGCCAAGAACAAAUGGAUACGGAGAAGGAAGAACAACUCUAUUAUUUCACUUGA